GGAGGGCAGGGCGGCGGUUGCGGCGGCGGCCAUGGCGUGGGGUUGCGCGCUCUGCCUGGCGCUGGCGGGCGCUGCCCUCCUGGCCCUGCUGGUGCAGCUAUUCCGCUGGCUGCGGGCCGACGGCGACCUCACGCUGCUGUGGGCCGAGUGGCAGGGGAAGAAGCCAGAACAUGAACUGCGUGGCAAGGUUGUCUGGGUGACUGGAGCUUCAAGUGGAAUUGGAGAAGAAUUGGCUUACCAGCUAUCAAAGAUAGGAGCCCUGCUUGCCAUCUCAGCAAGAAGAGAGGAUGAGCUGCAAAGAGUGAAAGAGAAAUGCCUUCAGACCAGCAACUUGAGUGAAAGUGAUAUUUUUGUUCUGCGUCUGGACUUGACUGAUAGAAACUCUCAUGAAGCUGCAACCAAGAGUGUUCUUAAGCAUUUUGGCAAGAUUGAUGUUUUGGUCAACAAUGGUGGACGUUCCCAACGCUCUCUGUUUGUGGACACAAACCUGGAUGUCUUCAGUGCCAUAAUGGAGCUCAACUACCUAGGAACAAUCUCUUUAACAAAACAUGUCCUGGAUCACAUGAUCCAAAGGAAAAAAGGAAAGAUUGUCACUGUCAGCAGUGUGAUGGGUAUUAUGGGAGCUCCUCUUGCCACCGGGUACUGUGCCAGCAAGCAUGCUCUGCAGGGUUUUUUCAACUCUCUUCGGACUGAGCUGACUGACUACCCUGAGAUAAGUAUUAUCAACAUAUGCCCAGGACCUGUACAGUCUCAGAUUAUACAAAAUGUCUUUACAGAGGAACUCUCAAAGUCCCUAGAGAACAGUGGGGAUCAGUCCCACAAGAUGCCGACCGCGCGCUGUGUCCGCCUCACCCUGGUGAGCGUGGCCAACGACCUGAAGGAGGCUUGGAUCAGUGACCACCCCUACCUGGCUGUCUGCUACCUCUGGCAGUAUGCACCCACCUGGGCUUGGUGGCUGAUGAACAGAAUGGGCAAGAAGAGGAUAGAGAACUUUAAGAGUGGAGUGGAUGCUGAUGCCUCUUACUCAAGGAAGAAGAAGUAAGGACAAACGUGUACAAAAUCCUCUUUGUGCUAAGGCUAGAAACUUUUUUCAUAUCACAUGACUGCAAACAAGCUUUUUUUUAUCUGUUGUAUCUUUGUCAUCAUGUAACUUGACAAAUCUAUCGGGCUGUAUAUACAUUUAACUAAAUAAAAAAUAUCUCAAUGUAUCCAUUUCA